CAGAGAGAGAGACACACAGAGAGAGACACACAGAGAGAGACACAGAGAGAGACACACAGAGAGACACACAGAGAGAGACACACAGAGAGACACACAGAGAGAGACACAGAGAGAGAGAGGGAGGCGAGAGUGAUGGGUCUAUGACAACUGCAGUAGCCAGCCGUGUCGAGUUUCACGCGAAGAUGGUCAUUCUGCUCCUGCUGCUCGUCAUGAAUCUACAUCGUGUCUGCAAUGGGAAGAUCGAGAGCGACGACUUCGAGGACUUGACGCUCAACAAGACGUGGGUCCUCGCCCCGAAAGUCUACGAGAGUGACGUCACGCAGAUCCUCAACCGCAUGCUGGAGGGGUACGACAACAAGCUGCGUCCCGGCAUCGGAAUGCGACCGACCAAGGUGGAAGUGGACAUCUUCGUCAACAGCAUCGGCCCCGUGUCCGCCAUCAACAUGGAGUACACCAUCGACCUCUUCUUCGCCCAGACGUGGCACGACAGUCGCCUGCGCUUCAACCACACCAUGAAGGUGCUGCGCCUCAACAGCAACAUGGUGGGCAAGAUCUGGAUCCCCGACACGUUCUUCCGCAACUCCAAGAUGGCCGACACGCACUGGAUCACGACGCCUAACCAGCUGCUGAGGAUCUGGAACACGGGACGCGUGCUCUACACUCUCAGGCUGACUAUUCACGCCGAGUGUCAGCUGGCGCUCCACAACUUCCCCAUGGACGAGCACGCGUGCCCCCUCGAGUUCUCCAGCUACGGCUACCCGAAGGACGAGAUUAUCUACCGCUGGAGCAGCAGCUCAGUGGAGCUCGCUAACCAGCAGAACUGGAAGCUCUACCAGUUCUCGUUCGUCGGCCUGCGAAACAUCACCAACAUUCUCAAGACUCCCUCCGGCGACUAUGUCGUGAUGGCCGUGUACUUUGAGCUGGUGCGGAGGAUGGGCUACUUCACCAUCCAGACGUACAUCCCCUGCAUCCUCAUCGUCGUGCUGUCCUGGGUCUCCUUCUGGAUCAACAGAGACGCCACGCCGGCACGCACCGCCCUGGGCAUCACGACGGUGCUCACGAUGACGACGCUGAGCACCAUCUCGCGCAAGACGCUGCCCAAGGUGUCGUACGCCACGGCCAUGGACCUCUUCGUCACGGUGUGCUUCUUCUUCGUCUUCGCCGCCAUGAUCGAGUACGCCACGCUCACCUUCUUCGUCAUGCAGCAGAAGCAGAACGCCGGCAAGAAGCCCAAGGAGAAGCCCCCGCCACGGCCCCCACAGAGCCACUACCACGGGCUGCUCAAGGUGCGCAUGCGCUCCGAGCGUCUCAACAACGCCCUGGCGCCUCCGCGCCUCGCAGCCCCUCCCCCUCCGACGCCCCCCCCGCCGCGGUCCGGGUGCCCCCCCGCCGCCGGCGUCGCCGCCGCCGCCGACUGCCUCGAGGGAAAGGAUUGCUCGGGGUUCUUCUGCUGCGUGGACGAGUGCCGGAGCGGCGCGUGGCGCCAGGGCAGGGCCCACAUCCACAUCGUGCAGCUCGACUCCUACGCUCGCAUCUUCUUCCCCACCUCGUUCGCCCUCUUCAACCUCGUCUACUGGGUGACCUACCUGUACCUGUGAUCGCUCCGGCCGGCGCGUCGCGCGCGAGCGAUUGCGGCGAUUGCGGCGGUUGCGGUGGGGGUGUGGGGGGGAAUGUGGGG